CCCCGUUAUCAAAAAACAGCCGACGAACAAGAACCCUAGAAAUUCAUCCCCUGGCCUCAUCUCUCUCAAAUUUUCCCAAAUUUUGUUUUCUUAUCCAGAAAGUAAUGACGGGAUAGAAGAUUCCCAAUGUACGCUUAAUCUUACCCACACUGCUCUCUCUCUCCGUUUCGUAUCUUCUAGAUUUCGUUUUCUCAGGGUUUUGCAUAUUCUCCGGCGUUCGUUCACGCGUAUCAACAAGUCUCAGGCCAACUUCAAUACUGAAGAUGUCGUCAUCACCUUUUCCAAUCUUGGACAACCGCCCAAUCGACAAGUGGAAGGUCACUGAGCUGAAGGAAGAGCUCAAGAGACGGAGACUAACCACACAAGGCUUGAAGGUUGAUUUGGUUAGGCGUCUUGAUGAUGCCCUUCGUGCUGAGCAACAAGAGUCUGCUGCUGCUACUGUGGAAGAAGUCAUUCAAGAGCCUGCUGAGAUUGCUCAUGCAACUGGAGGCAACGUUACACCAGAUCGUAUGCAAGCCACUCCAUCUGCAGCAGCUGAGACAACAACUCCUGUGGUUGUUAAGACAACAGCUCCGGUUGAGAUAACACCACCACCCCCGGUGGUUUCUAAACCAGAGGUUAACGCUGGUGGCGUUGAUGAUGUUAGAGAAGUAGCUGGUCUUGAUAGUUCAGUGGUUGAUGAUGUGAAGCUACAAGAACCUGAGGUUGCUGAUUUGAAAGAUGGAGUGGGAUCUGGUGUGGCUGCAACUGAUGCAGUAAUCGCUGAUGAGGCGUCUAAGGCCCAACCUACGGAAUCAGAGCUUGAAAAAGCUACUGCGUACAACCAGGUAUCGGUUACAGGGUAUGAGGUAAAAUCUGAUUGUAUUUCUACUGAUUCUGUGCCAAAUAAUGAAAAAAUGGAUAACGAAAUUGCUGAUGAUGUCAAAUUAGAACAAAAUGUUAGUAAGUCCCAAGAGCCAUCAACAGUCAUUGGUGGUGAAUCGCAUCCAAUGGAUGUCGAGAAGCCACCUGAGCAGAAGGUUUCUGUUGGAGGUGGAGAUGUCAGCGAUGUUGCUGCUAAUGCAGCAGAUAUGACCAAAGGAAAUAAUAAUAAUAUCGAUGCAGGCGACUCAGAAAAGUUGAAUUUAGAUAGAAGUUCUGGUGAUGAGUCUAUGGAGGAUGAGCCUGAGUCCAAGCAGAAUGAAUCAGUUACAUCUCAUGAAGUGGUUGAUAAGUCCGAGAAAAAUGACGUGCGUGCUGAUAUUAUGGAUGCUGGGAAAGUGGAAGCCCCUGAAAACAAAAGCCAUCCACUGCCUUCUGACAAAAGAAAGCUUCCUGGUAAUGAUCAAGAAGCUGUUGGAAACAACGAGCCUGUGAAAAGGCAACGCCGUUGGAACUCUGGGAGUGUUAAAGUUCCUGAAGCACAGGCCGCUAAGAGCGUGACACCUACUACAACACCGAGGUCAACUGGUCUGAAGCGUGACUUCUCCCGUUCUGACUCGUCGGUUAGUGAGGAUGGACCUAAGGAACGCGUGGUUCCUCCAUCAUCAAAGGAGCCUACGGAUUCCCUGAAGAUUGAUCGUUUCCUUAGGCCAUUCACACUGAAAGCUGUUCAAGAGCUUCUGGGUAAAACCGGAAACGUCACUAGUUUCUGGAUGGACAGCAUUAAGACCCACUGCUAUGUAUCAUAUUCUUCUGUUGAAGAAGCGGCAGCAACAAGAGAAGCAGUGUAUAACCUCCAGUGGCCACCUAACGGAGGCCGCCUUCUGACAGCUGAGUUUGUUGGAUCAGAAGAAGUGAAGGCGAAACUGGAACCUCCUCUGCCUCCUCCUCCUACACAGGCUAAGCCUCAGCCACAGGCUCAGGCUCCUUUACGCCCACCAGCGACUACUUUGCCACCACCACCGCCUUUGGCAAAAGCACCACCAGUCAUUGAACGUGUGACUCUUCCUCCACCUCCUCCUCUAGUCCCUGAGGAGCCUCCCAUAGUCACUCUGGAUGAUCUUUUCAAGAAGACAAAAGCUAUCCCCAGGAUAUAUUACUUGCCCUUGUCAGAGGAUCAAGUUGCAGCUAAACUUGCAGCUAAUAACAACAAGUGA